AUGGAUGGACUCCGAUUGCUGAUCGCUCUGGUCGCGGCUUUGCUCUUGGCCCCUUCGAUUCCGGAGAUCUCGGCCAAAAGCUGUGGACAGCGGCUCCAACUCCGUUCCCAAAACGAAGCCAUAGAUCUCAGUCGGCUGAGCGAAAGGCAGUUGCAGCAACUCGUCCAGCAGUUGGCCCACCUUCAGUCCCGGAAAGACAAGGAUGAGGUCGAAGAUCAGGCGGAGGAGGAGGACCAGAACCGGGUGGAAGACCAGCAGCAGGACGACUUGGAGGACCCCGAGGAUGAUCACCGCGGUGGAAGUCGUCCGUGGAACAGAGUGCAGCGCAUCAUCCGGCGACAGUUGGUGAAAAUACCCAAGAGAUAUCUGAAGAAGCUGCUCAGGCAGUUCGGAUUGGCCAGGAGUAGCGGAUACGGUGGGGUCAGGAGCUCGGACAUGGUGCCCCAACUGGAGGAGUACUACCUCAUACCGCUGGAGUGAAAUAAAGCGAGGGAAAUCACACGGCCUAAAAAUACCGCCUUUUUAGU